GAACGUUGUCUCAUCGUGAGUUUCAUAACAUUGAAAGAGACUUUGACCGAGAUGGAAUUAAAUAGACUAAUAGUAAAUAGUAAACACUAACAGAAAGACAUGGACAUCAAGAGAGAUAAACUCAGAUCAGCCUUCAAAUGUCCUUUAUUGUAAAACUGGUUUGUAAAACUGGUCUGGUUUGGUUUGCUACUUUGCUACAGAUUUGAGGACACCAGAAUGUCUAAGUAGUUAUGUAUGUGUUUUUAUAGAUAAUUUAUCGCUGAUAACAAAAACUAACGACACUGUUGAUAUUACUGAUAAUAACAUUUUAAGAUACAGUUGAAGCCAUCAUGUGUGUUUAGACAUUGAGGAAACAAGUUGGCAGAGUGGUUAAGGCUUUAAGGCGAGACAUGUUAACGCGAGGGCAAAUCAGGUUCGUGCAUCCAACACUUAGCGGCCAAUCAUCGUGGCAAAUUCUCCCUAGCUCUAUAACAUUUGCAACAUUUGACCAAUCACGGCGGAGAAAUGUUGGCGGGCGAAGCGAAGUUUGUUUAUCUGAGGGAAGCAUUGAUCAGACAGCGAACUAAUGAAGCAAGCCGGAUGCUAAAGCUAAGGGGUCGUUCAAAUCUACAGAGAAAGAUUAGCGGCAUGGCAAAAUCUUCAAAAUCACACAAGGCGAUGGCUGACUCAGACUGGAUGUCACGUCUGAGGAAGUUUGCCAGUACUGGGGCCUGGCCUGCAGGGGAGGGGAACAGGCCCGCUCCAAGGCAGAAGAAGUGGUAUGAGUUCUAUCAAAAGAUUGAGACGUGCCUGAUGCAGGCACGUGAACAGAUGUCCUUAUUUGAUCAAGUGAUGAAGUGUGUUUGUGGAUUCCACACUCAGAAGGCUCCAGACUCUCAGACAGAUGCUGAAGCUUCAGUGCCUGUUCUCAGUCCCACCGCAGUGUGUGCCACUGGCACUGGGUCUGCUCCAGACUCUCAGACAGAUGCUGAAGCUUCAGUGCCUGUUCUCAGUCCCACAGUAGUGUGUGCCACUGGGUCUAUGUCUGACUCCGGGACAGAGACAACUCAUCUGCCUCGUUUGUGGUCAGAGGGCCUCCCACCUGAAGACCACAAAUGGAUUGUGGAGACCCUAUUCAAGUUGGGGCCCAAGGGGAAACUAGAGCUUCAAGACAACCUGCAGCUCUGGUACAAUCCACCACAGCCAAGCUAUCUGUACCACCAGGCUCCUGCUCCAGACCACUUUUUUGCUCACUCACUUCUUGUCUGGAUGCCCUACAAGUUGUGGAAAGUGAAGGUGGUCUGUCCCAACCCUCCCUGUGGACGUCACCAACUCACAGGAGGGGGGCUGCACAAGAGGGCACGGCGGGUCCUGGACUUGGACAGGAUCUACAACAUGGUGACAGAGACUCUAAUCUGCACCAAAUGUAGAUCCACCCAUGUGUCUUGGAGCCAGACUGUCCUUACGCAACUGGACUUGGCUCACAGAUCAAAAUUUCAGGUUAUCCUCACAAAAAGGUUUGCAUGUGACAUCCGGGUGAUCAGGCUUCUGCGGCAGAGAGGCCAGGGUAACGGCCCAACACAGGUUUUUAAACAUCUGAGUGAGAGCCACACAGAGGAGUGGCUUCACCGUGUAGCGAUGUACACCACAGAAUGUGUGGAUUUCCUCCAGCGCCCCGAACUGUUGCCCGUGGCAUUCCCUAAGCCUCCAGAGCCUGCUGUGGUGCCGAGCUGUAAGUGGCUCCUGUCCUUUUACAGACAGGAUAUUUUAACAAGGCUGGAGGAUAUUCAGGCCCGAAUCACCUCGACUCACGGCACCAUUCUGAAAAUGGAUUCAACCAAAAAGAUCACCAGGAAGCUUGCCGGAACAGCCGAGGGGACAGCACUCUGUCUCACCUCUGUGGGAAAUGAGUACGGGCAGAUACUCAUCAGUGUGCUGACCGCUCCGGAGGGGGCAGGCCUGGACUUGAUGGCAGCCGGCCUGGUGAUGAGAUACCAGCAGGCCGCUGUGGAUCCCCCUGUUGCUUUAUAUGUGGACAGUGGGUGCUGUAUUGAGACAGGGGAGACCAAGCUGAAGCCCAAAUUCAGCGGGUGGCCAGAUCUUAUUAUAAGACUGGAUGUCUGGCACUACAUGUGCCGACUUGCCCUGGGAUGCACAACAGCUGCUCAUCAGGUCUACCCCAUCUUUAUGUCACGCCUAUCAGCGUGCAUAUUUGAGUGGGAUGCAGCUGAUUUAGCUCUGUUGUGCGAAGCGAAAACCCAGCAGCUUCAAUGCCAGGGCCUGUCUUCCCUCGACAUCACCAAACGUCUGUCCAGGGAGGAGCUGGCUCUCCAUUGCCGGCGAAGGACCCGUGGUGAGUUGACCACCACUCGGAUGCUGGAGGAGCUGCUGCAGAUGCUCAUGGGGACCAGUGGCAACGACUCCCAUGGAGUUCCUUUGUUUGAUAGGGAGAGGAUGGAGCACAUCUGGAGUGUCCAGAGAAAGCACGUCAAGUGCAUCCAGGACCCGCCAGGUGUUGCUCUAUACACCAAAAUGGGAGAGCGGACAAAGGGAGGUGUGCGGGUGCCCAUGUACAGAUGUGCCAGAGGCUCUACAUCUUUAGAGUCUUUCUAUCUGCAUCUAAACCGCUUCAUACCAGGGACCAGUGCCAACAAUCUGAAUUUUCAGAUAUAUCUCCUGGAAGGACUGCACCGGUGGAACCAGGACCGUGGGGGUGCUGCUCUGGCUACUGGACCAUCGGCUUUAAGCGGCUACUCAGGUGACCUGCUUCACCGUGUAAACACCAAUUACGAGAAGCUGUUCGGCAGGAAGGUGGCACCAGAGUUCUGUCCACCCUCACGCUACACUGGAGAGCUCAUAGGGAUUCAGUAUCUGUUCCGGCAGACUGGUCAGGCACUGCAGGAUAUGCACCCUGAUUCCGAGGAGGCUGCUCAGUUUAUUGAAGAGCAUGAUGUGGAGGACAGCUUGGAGGAAGAUGAGUGCUUCUCUGACGUUACAGACGACCCCACAGUGCUGGACCCGGAGGUCCUUCAGGCUCCAGCCUCUCAGGUUCUUGGUCCUUCCACUGUUACAUCUGGUCUCACCAGCCUGUCCUCCACCUUGGCGAUCCCCACAUCUACUGUGGCUCCAGGGACAUCCAGUAUGGGCUUGGGCACUUUCCCCAUAGCUCCCAGCAGAUCCACUUUGGUUCCUGGCCCGUCUGCAGUCACUGCCAGCACAUCCGAAAUGGCUCCUGGCACAUCCACCUUGACUCCCGGUACAUUCACCCCAGUACCAGGCACAUCUGCAAUGGCCUCCAGUGUAGCCACUCCACCCUAUAGUUCAUCCUCUGAUGCUGGAGUUGAUAGUGCAGCUGAAGAUGAAGAUAUGGCUGUUGAUGACCAAACUGUUCAAUGGCAUGACAACGGGGAGAAGAAGCCGGAGCUUUCUGUGCUUCCCCUGGGUACUGUAUUGCCCCCAGUCCUCAUUAAGACUGAAGAGCCUCUUCAGGAGGCAGAAGUACUCCCUGCUGAACCCAUGCCAGCACAACCAGAGUAUCAGUGCCGGCUGCCAGUGAGUACAGCAGGUCAGGUCCAACAGAGGCAGACGGCCUCUAGUCUACUUGUGAGUACAGCAGGUCAGGUCCAACAGAGGCAGAUGGCCUCUAGUCUCCUCCUAUGUCCCAUCAUGCCAAAUGGGCCAGGGAAGAGGGAGUUGUUUGCCACACCCCCAGCGCCAGGACCCUUUCUGACAACUCAGAUCUUCGUAUCAGCAGGACAACCUGUAAGUCUUCUACAAGUAGUCCUUCCUAGGCCAGCAGUCCAGGGCACCCGCCCACAAACCUGUGCAACUAUUCCAAAGAGGCCAUAUAAACGGACUGUACAAUCGAACACGUGUAAAAAGUGUGGCCACUUCCGCACUACUCAGACUGGACACAGCGGGUUCCGUGGCAAAGUGUAUUGCCCUCUGUUAGAAUCUUUGCCAAAGGGCAAAUGGUUGGCGUGGCAGAAAAUUAAGUUCCAGAAAAAAUAGCAUUGUAAAAAGUGAAUAAUUGUAAAUAGUAGUUGUAUUGUGAAGGUGUUGUUUAUUAAAGUAUUGUUUAAUUCUUCUGGGUUUUAUGUAAAAAAAAAUUGUUCUACAUUCUUCAAGUCUACAUCUACAUUGUCUACAAUUAAAUCU